AUGUGCAAGCCAAAAUCCAUACACCCAUGGUUCAGCUUUACGUUCCUGCCGGUUGCUAAAAUUGGAUUUCACAGCAUCGUAGCUGUUCACGGUCUUGGUGGAGACUGGGAGGGCACUUGGACGAGCAACGGGAGAUUAUGGCUUCGAGAUUUCGUUCCCUCGCAAUUACCGAGCGCCAGAGUAUGGUCAUUCGGGUAUGAUUCGAGUAUUCUGAGCCAGACGGUUGCGGACAUCAACGAUGUUGCGAUAUCUCUGCUCGAUUCCUUAGACGGAGAACGCUCCCGAACAUCAUCAACCGGUAAACCGAUAAUUUUCGUCGCGCAUAGCCUAGGCGGAGUCAUUGUGAAGAGAGUCCUGAACCUGGCAAGAGAACGUACCAAUCAUUGGAGGGAUGUACAGAAAAGCACAUUGGGGUUGAUGUUCUUCGGCGUCCCUCACCGCGGAGCAGAUGAUGCCUAUUGGGGGGAGUUUGCAUCAAGAUUGCUGAGCGCUCUUAGUCUUGGAACGUGGGGUAAUAGCAGGUUUGUCCAGGGGCUAAAGCGUAAUUCGCCAGAGUUUUCGAGUAUCUCACGCGCCUUUGUUGAGCCUGGGUCUGAGAUCAAAGUGAUCCGAACCUUUUACGAGACAAAGAAGAUGGGGAACAGAAUCAUCGUUGAUAAAGAUUCAGCUACUCUGCACACGACCAACGAGAAGGCUGUUCCGAUUCAAGACGCAAACCACCGAGAAAUGUGUAAAUUUGACGCUGAGGCGAGCCAGAAGUAUCGAGCAGUCCGCAACGCCCUCGAGGAAAUAGUCACAUCGUGUACACAGGGCAUAGCUGUAGAUUUUUCAAAUCUAAAAGUCUGGACUGAUAAAUACAUCCAACUUGCCUUCCCGGUAAGAGUAAAAGUAUUAUCCUCCACUGCGCCAGAUAUGACCGUCCACAAAUGGGUCUGCGCCAUGCCUCAAGCACGAGAAUGGAGAUCCUCUGAGAAUUUCUCUACUUUAUAUGUAGAGUACCAAGCGUCGUCGGAGUGGCAUGUCUCAACCUCUCAAAAUAUUUCCAUGAAUCUCAAGGUAAAAGAUGCCGAGGUGAUCUGGGGCUUCGCCCCAGAUGACAAGCAGAAACGGCAGAGCGAGUCAUGGAAAUCAUUGCUACCCCGUUUGCUCAUUUCACAGUUAUUUUCCCUUUCUCGGAAAUGUAUAGGUGCAAUGGAGGGCAUCAUCCAGUCUCUAGCCCCAAAUGAGGGUCUCACGGAUUCAUGGAAAUUGUUGUACUGCUCUGAGAAUCCGCCAUCAGAACACAUGUGGACUCUUCUUGCAUGCGCAAUGGAGGCUCUAGGUCGGCCAGUGCUAGUAUCAUUGGUCGGCUUCGACGCAGAAUUGAGUCAGCCAUUAGAUGAAGCUUUGCUUUGUUUACACCAGCUCCUGUACCGAUCGUCCUCCAAAGAUCGGCUGGAAGCUGACGAAACCGCGCCGCACAAGGUGUUGGUAGUUUCAAACCCAAGGCCUCGGGCACAAAAGAGUGGUCCACCUGUUCAGUUUCGACCCGCUCAGUCUUUACGCAUCGAUGAGGAUGCUGAGAGAAGAGAAACCACAGAGCUGAUUGAAGCUAACAACGAAGCAGAAUGUCUCUUAUCACUGUGUUCGGGCCCGCGGCAGAACGCUGUUGAUGAACCGGAAGUGGGCACUACAGAUUGGAUCCGUGGGCACGAAGUCUACAACGCGUGGCUUGCCAACAAGUCGACUCUUCUAUGGAUUCACGGAAAACCUGGCAGCGGGAAAUCUACCAUAGGGACAUCUCUAAGCCGCCAUCUGAGAAAGAGCGCCGACAAAAAUCUCAUAGCCGACUAUUUCUACAGCUCCCGCGGCGACCGUUUAGAGGCAGACCAUGUGUCGAUGCUGAGGUCCAUACUGCACCAGAUCCUCAGCCAAGAUGCAACUCUAUAUGCCGCAUAUCGCGAUGGGUUUCGAGAAUCGCAUAGACAGGAUAACUUCAACUGGGAGUUUGAACAACUAGAAAAAGUGCUUCUAAGCAUUCCUGAUCUAGAAUGCCACGGAAGAGGCGGGAAUCGGACUAUCUUCUUAAUCCUUGACGGCCUCGAUGAAUCAUCUGACAAUUUACUUUCGAAACAGACCAGGGAGAGGGUUUUUGGACUUUUUGCCACGUUAUGCAAGUUUGAUAAACCGAAAAUUUUCAAGAUCAUUACCCUGAGUCGACCGGAGAUUUCGAUCAAGAACGCAAUAAGACCGACACACAUAAUAGAUAUGAAGAACGAGCGAAACUGCGAUAUAAAUAUUAUCGUCGAAACUCGCCUGAGCCGGCUUUGGAGAUAUCUGAUGUCAGAUAAUGAUAACAGCAUUGCUCCUGGCACCCUUCACACCUCAAGUUAUCAGCUUGGUUUCAUCAGAGAACAUCUUCUUGAAAACGCUGAUGGCGUUGUGUUGUGGGUAAUCAUGGUCCUGCGUCAACUUGAAGAACAUGCAUCUUCACCUGCAAGCACCGUUGCAAGCCUGAGAAAAGCCCUCCACAAGAUUCCUACCAGCGUCGAAGGGCUUUAUGAGGAUAUCCUCGCUCGUUUGGGUGCAAACCCUUCGAGUGACUUUCCUAAAGCUAACUACAUUUUCUCGUGGCUUCUCUUCUGUGGAAAAGCUCUCAAACUAUGUGAAAUGCGCGAUGCAUUGGCAAUGUUUGACUGGGAUGAUUCGCCACAUCACCAGGAGCGUUUUCUUGAAAAGCAUCGUAUAAUUCUUCCUAGGGGCAAGUGGGAGCGAAUGACAAUACUUCUGAAUGAUCUUUGCGGUGGAUUCAUCGAGAUUAUCCCGCAUCAGAGUUCAUCUUCAAGGGGCCCGAUGACUGAGUACGACACUGACCCAAAAGACUUGGUCCAGCUAGUUCAUUCAACUGCACGAAACUUCCUUCUGGGCAGGAACGGAACAUCUUUCGUACAAAUAAGCAAUGACCGCAGUCUCGAUAUCAUAUGCUCGGCGUGUGUCAAUUAUUUUAGUUUGACGCUUGAUAUGCCAGAUUGUGGGGGCUUGAACGAAUCGUGGGAGUCGUUUGUUCACAGGUUGGAGUCUAGUCCUUUGCUUGAGUACAUUUUGAGCGUAUUUCCUGGCCUACUUGAUCAGCACGCUACCAGUUGCAGCAUUUCCAAUAGGUUGCUUCGGCAAAUGAUCGCGUCUAAGAUGACGACCGCAAAGCGGGAUCGGUGGUCAUCCGUUACCUGGUGGCUGUUUAGGCCUUGGAUGGAAAAAGUCUUCCCCGAUCAUUCAUUGAUUUCGAUUCAUCACCACUACGAAAUUGUAAUGUUCCAGGACUUUACUCGUUCAAGGUCAAAAUUCCUCGAAUUUUUGAUUGAAUGGGCACACUCGGACGCAGAAGGAACCGCGGGGGACACUUUC